AUGGCCCGGGACUCGGGGCCCAGCCCCGAGGGGCCGCUGUUAAAGCUGCUGCCUAUUGAUGCCAGGGACCAGUGCACCCAGCGCUGCCGCUUGGGCCCGGCCGCCCUCCGCACCCUGGGCGCGCGCUUGGGCUCGGCGCUGCGGGUGUCGCUGCCCGGCGGCGGCUGCUGCCUGUGCACCGCCGCGCGGGAGCUGGCGGCGCGCGGCCCCAGCCUGCUGCUCCUGGACGAGCUGGACGCGCUGUGUCCCCGGCGGGGCGGCGCGCAUCGCGCCCCCGAGAGCCGCGCGGUGGCCCAGGUGCUGACGCUCCUGGACGGCUUCGGCGGCGACAGCGACGUGGUGGUGGUGGGGACCACGAACCGGCCUGACGCGCUGGACCCCGCGCUGCGCAGACCCGGGAGGUUGGACCGCGAGGUGAUCAUCGGGACUCCCACGCUGAAACAGAGAAAGGAGAUUCUGCAGGUGAUCACCUCGAAGAUGCCAGUCUCUCGGGAGGUUGAUUUGGACGCGCUGGCGGAGAUGACCGUGGGCUACGUGGGUGCCGACCUGACUGCACUGUGCAGGGAGGCGGCCGUGCGCGCGCUCCUGCCUUCCCAGGAGAAGCAGGACAGUCCUACAGUUGAGGAAAUGGACUUCCUGGACGCUUUGAAGAGGGUCCAGCCUUCAACAUUUCGAAGUGCCGUAGGGCUGGUGGACCUCAGGCCUGUGGGCUGGGAGGAGAUCGGAGGCCUCGAGGAUGUAAAGCUGAAGCUAAAGCAGAGCGUCGAGUGGCCCCUCAAGUUCCCUCAGGCCUUUGCCCGGAUGGGGCUGGCACCGCCCCGAGGCAUCCUGCUCUGCGGGCCGCCCGGCUGCGCUAAAACCACCCUGGUGCGGGCCCUGGCCACCAGCUGCUGCUGCGCCUUCCUCUCGCUGAGCGGAGCGGAGCUCUUCUCGCCUUUUGUCGGCGACUCAGAAAAAGUCAUGGCUCAGGUAUUUCGACAAGCAAGAGCCAACACGCCAGCAAUCGUGUUCUUGGAUGAAAUCGACUCCAUCUUGGGCUCUCGCUCGGGCGGCAGCGCGGAAUGCGGUGUGCAGGAGCGGGUGCUCUCCGUCCUCCUGACCGAGCUGGAUGGGGUUGGACUGAAGACGACCGAGAGAAGAGGAAGUAAAUCAGAGCCACAGGAAUUUGAAGAUGCUUUCAAUCGAAAUGUCAUGAUUGUUGCAGCCACAAACAGGCCUGACGUAUUAGAUGACGCCUUGCUGCGUCCCGGGAGAUUGGACAGGGUCCUCUACAUCCCCCCUCCGGAUCAGCAGGGCAGACUUUGUAUUUUAAAAGCCUGUACGAAGAAUAUGCCAAUAGGGGCUGAUGUUUCCUUAGAAAAUCUGGCUGCAGACACACAUUUCUUCUCUGGAGCUGAUCUUAGAAAUCUCUGCAGAGAAGCAGCCCUGCUGGCUCUGCAGGAAGACGGGCCGGACGCCGCCACCGUGACUCGGGACCACUUCCUGCAGUCGCUCAGGACUGCGAGGCCAUGCUUGCGACACACAGACUUGGCUGUCUAUGAAAAGCUAUUUAAGAAAGACAGCUUUGCUCCCCUGGAAGACGCCUGAGGAUACAGGCGAUUCUCAGUCAUUCGUGCUGAUUGAACAGUGAACUUGCCUGUAAAUGAAAACUUUACACCUUCAGAGCUUGUUUAUAUUUUCAUUAAUUUAAAAAAUAAAAGUAAAGCCUGUGCCUGGUGA